AUGAUUCGAAAUAUUCCAACGGAAUACACGCAGGAUGAGCUAAUUAUGGAAGUCAGCGAGGUCAUGGGAUCUCCUCACUUCUUCGAUUUCUUUUAUUUGCCGUGGGACACGCAGAAUGACUGCAACAUAGGCUAUGUUUUCGUAAAUUUCCCCGAUCCUGCAGCGGCUCAAAACGCUGUUCGAGCUUUUUCCAAUUAUCAUUUCCGCCAACACGACAGCAAGAAGGUUGGCAAGGUGUCGCCAGCGCAUAUCCAGGGCCUGGAGAACAACCUCAGGCAUUUGCAGGAUCGCGCUGUCGUGCUGGGCAACCAUCCAUGCAGCCCCAUAGUAAUGUGGAAGGGACAGAAGGUGGAGCUGAGCCUGAUAUUCCAGGAGCUGAGGACGCAGGACACCCUGAGAAAGUUUGAGAGCGGACACAGUUCCUCUCCAGGCCAUCUCGCGGCUGCACAGAAUGACCUUGCCCAGGCUGCUGCCGAGGCAUUAAAGGGACCUGCUGCGCCUCCUCCGGUGGUGAAUGUCGGUGAGACCUUUGCUGACCUGUUGGACCGGGCUGCAGGGCUGUCACGAUCACAAGGUGCUGUGAUGAACCCUGGUUUAGUGAUGCCGUACAUGCAGCGGGCAGCGCCAGGAAUGCAACAAGGUGGCACCGGCAUGUUGUCACCCCCUGGAUCCGUUGGUUCGAACUACAGCAUUGUGACUGGACAAGGUGGUGCAUCACCUGCCGCUGCUGCGUAUAAUCGCAUGAUGGCGGCUGGAGCUCAAGGUUAUGGAAGCCAGCCUGGACUUGGCCAGGUGGUGAACAUGUUGCAGUCCCCAUCGGUUCCUUGCCAGAGACCCCCUGGCUCGGACAAGGGGGUCUCGAUGGGCCCACCACCUGGCCAGUUCUUCGCAAGGAAGCCUGAGCAGAUGAGUGCUCCGAGUCCAAGCUCUUUGAAUGCUUCGGCCGCGCCUUGGCCAUCGCCGCAGGACUUGGCCGCAAUCGGACUUGUUGCUGAUCCCAAUCUGUACGGCAUGAUGCAGAACCGGUCGGCGUGUCAGGGUAACCAAGCCUGGAACGUCGAAGAGGACAUCUUUGGCGGAGAUGAGCAAGAUGGCACGCCGUAUGACUCGCGAACGCCUGCCGUAGUUUCGCCACAUUCCUGGUCCGGAUCCCCCACCGCACCGCCCGGCUUGGCACCGCCUCCUGGUGGAGCGCACCAGCUGCAUGACGGUGGCAGCCAACGAAGCAUGCUCUCUCCCCCUUCAAGUGCUUCAGGCAGGCACGCACAGAGGCCGGGGUUGCAGUCCGGAUGCACUUCCGCAUCGACAUCAGGCAACGGAUCUCCAGAGCUCAUGGCUCCAGCAGCCAAGCCGGAGUCUGCAGCGGUGGUGUCAAACUUGGCACCAAAUAAUGUUAUCGGCGUCAAGGAGAUAACCAUGAAGAGCGCAGAUCAAAAUUUGUUGGACAAGUUCAUGGCAAAAUUUGGCUCUCCUUGA